GCACUGGGUACUUUGGACCCUCUAGGUUGCCGUACCGGGGUGGUAACGUGACUCCAGAGGGGCACUGCAACUAGUUUUAAUAGAAAUACCUCAACGUUAGUUGGAUCUAAAGUCUUAUUAUCUGAAAAAUGAGUUCCUCUGACACUAAGAGCAUCACUGUAAUCGGCAGUGGGCUGAUAGGCCGCUCCUGGGCUAUGGUGUUUGCCAGUGGAGGCUACAGGGUGAAGAUCUAUGACAACCAGCCAGGACAGGCUGCUAAGGCCAUCACAGAGAUCAGGAAGCAGUUGGAGGAGCUGGAGGAAGCCCACAUGCUCAGAGGAGAGCUCACCGCCAUGCAGCAGCUCACUCUGCUGAGCAGUUACGAUGACCUGGCUCAGGCACUGGAGGGAGCCUUCUUUGUCCAGGAGUGUGUAUUUGAGCAGCUUGAGGUCAAGCAAAGUGUCUUCCAGGACAUAGAGUGCCUUGUGGGAAAAGAUGUCAUCCUGAGCAGCUCCACCUCCUGUCUGGUGCCAAGCAAUGUCUUCUCUAAGGUUCAGAACAGGAGUCGCUGCCUCGUCUCCCAUCCGGUAAACCCACCCUACUAUGUCAAACUGGUGGAGCUGAUACCUCACCCAGAGACAGAAGCAACUGUUAUGGACACCACCCAUGCUGUAAUGACUAAGGUUGGCCAAGCACCUGUCCGCCUGAAGAGAGAGAUCGAUGGGUUUGCUCUCAACAGAGUCCAGGCAGCCAUUAUCGCAGAGUCCUGGAGGUUGGUCCAGGGUGGUGUUAUCUCAGUCAAGGACAUCGACCUGGUGAUGUCAGAGGGGCUAGGAAUGCGUUACGCCUUCAUUGGUCCCAUGGAAACAAUGCAUCUCAAUGCGCCUGAAGGUUUGGAAGACUACAUGAAACGAUAUGGAGAGGGCAUAACAAGGGUCUUGAAUUCCUUCGGGCCUGUACCAAACUUCUUCGGUGAUGGAGCCGAGAGCAUUGUUAAUGAGAUGUGUGAGCUGAUUCCCAGUGACCAGCAGCAUCUGUCGGCCAGGAGGGAGAGGAGGGAUCAGCUCCUCAUGGGUUUAGCAAAGCUUAAGAAGGACCACUGAGAUACAUGCAGGGCCCAAACUCAAGAAAAUGAAUGAUUAUGACUCCUGACUGGGGACAUUAAAUGAGAUCUGUGGCUUGCCACCAAUUAAGAAGCAGGGAUUCAAUUCAAACAUUUUUUUCUAAUUCUACACAUGAUUAUCUUUUCUCAACUUCAUUUCAAGACAUUGUGGUAAUUAAGAGACUGAAUUAAAAGCAGAUGUUAAACAACAUAUGAUAGAUGAUGUUUUGAUUAAUAAAAACAGUAGAAUCGAA